UUAAAAAUUAGGAGGUUGACAUCCUUCUUAAUGCUUGUUUUUUUUUCUUUAAUGACAUGUUUAGAUUUAGACAUGAUUGAAUACUAUUAUCACUAUCAUUAUUGAGCAUGCUCUCUUGACUCUUUACCAAAAGUGCCCUGAUGAAAAGUAGGGGGAAUUGAAUUGAACUACUCCCCUUGGUUGCUUAGAUUUUGGCCUCCAACCCCACCCCCAUGUGAGCAUAGUUGUGUCCAUAAAGCUGUCUUUUUUCUUUCUUUUCUUCAUCCUUUGCACAACCAAUAGCCAACUUUUCUCAUUAAAUGAAGGAGAUAUGGAGCUGAUGACCCAUUUCCUUUUGGGGUUUGCUUGGAAUCUGUUUAAAGACAAGUUAAAGGAAGAUGGAUGUAGCUUUCUCAUUUACUUUACUAUCCAUUACUCUCUUUUGAACUAAUUACCCAAAAUCUUAGUUGCUACUUCACUGUUCACAUUUUAUGGCAACAACAAAGAUUGACCCAACUUUGGUUAUUUCCUUGUUCAGUUAGGCCUCUGAAAAUGGUACCUGUUUACUUUUGUCCUCAGUUGACUGGCUUUUUAUGUUGCUUUCCUCCUUUUUCUUUCUUCACAAAACAUGCUUCUCUGUCUAAUCCUGCAAUAACUUGUUCUGGAUUGGACUUUUGCUUUUAACUUCCAACUGUUAAUCAUAUUAUUUUAAGCCUUUUAAUUGCUUUUUACCUUUACUUUAUAUCUCUGAAGGUAGAAGUUUCAUUGACAAAACCAAGCUUCACCUAGUUGUGGGCUCACUACACCUCAAGCUCUAAUGUUGGUCUCUGAAUGACCAUGCCUGCAUCCUUCCUAAAAAAAAGCAACAUAACUUUCCACUUAAUGCAUUCAAAUUUAUGUCCCUCACUUAAUGCAUUCAAAUUCAUUGACUGGCUUUCUAUGUUGCUUUCCUCCUUUUUCUUUCUUCACAAAACAUGCUUCUCUGUCUAAUCCUGCAAUAACUUGUUGUGGAUUGGACUUUUGCUUUUAACUUCCGACUGUUAAUCAUAUUAUUUUAAGCCUUUUAGUUUCUUUUACCUUUACUUUAUAUCUCUGAAGGUAGAAGUUUCAUUGACAAAGCCAAGCUUCACCUAGUUGUGGGCUCACUACACCUCAAGCUCUAGUGUUGGUCUCUGAAUGACCUUGCCUGCAUCCUUCCUUAAAAAAAGAAAGGAAACAUAACUUUCCACUUAUUAAUGCAUUCAAAUAUAUGUCCCUCACUUUGUUCUUUUAUAUAUUUUGCCUCUUCUUUCUCCACUUCUUGCUAGCAUAAUGAAUAACUAUGGAGAUGAGGCCAGUCCAUGGUGUUCUUUCCACCCGAAAGAAGUGGUUGUAGGAGUAUGCGCUCUUUGCUUGAGAGAGAGGCUCAUCAACUUGGCGUUAGAACAAGAGAAUUUUCACAUCUCCAAGGAUUCUAAUAGGUCAUUCAGAUUCUUGAGGAGGAGGGCUUCAAUUUCACUUCCUAAAGUCUUUGCUUUGAGCUCGCUCCUUCACCGCCUUGAAUCUCGAAGACAGAGAUCUGAUGAUGACAGCUCUGAUCAGGGAUCCAUUGCCAGUUUGGAAGACUCGUUCAUAUCUAUCAAGUUUGAAGACAACGGACAAGCAUCAUGGGAGAGCAAGAAGCAGGAGAUCACUGAUCACAUGCCAAAAGAGAGCAGCAGGGAAAAGAGCGUGGUUGAACAUGUAAGGUCGAGGGGGGCGCUGAGGUGGCGGAAGAAGAUUGGCCAGCUGCUCCAGCUGCCACGCUGGAAGAGGCCCAGCAAGGCGGGAGAAGCAUUCCACUGUCAGCAUCUUUUCUCACUAAAACAUCAACAGCAGUAUAUCAGCUGCAAAGAGGCCCCUCUUUCUCCUGUACUCAGCAUCAGGGGAGCAGGAAUUUCCUCUCCUCCUUUCGGCUCCCUCAUGGCAUAA